CUGUGCAUAAUGGUGAAACAAAAGCUAUGUGUAAGAUGUUAGGCAAACCAAUUUUCUCAGUGCAUCCAUGUGGACGCUGCACACUUGCUUGGCAGUCACUAAUCCACCUCAUUCCUCAUGUACCAGCUGGUGCAUCUGCUACAGAGCAACGAGAAAGGCUGCCACAGACAGUCUGCGCGCUGUGGUAAUGUUUACGAUAUGAGCCUGUGGAUAGAGGUGGACAUACCAAAACAAGUAAAGAAACGGCCCACUGAUGGCUAACCCCACCCCUCAGCUUGAUGUGCUGUGAUACAAGAGUGGACCAGAAAGACUGUAGUCAACAGCCAUGGAGGACACCCAGCAGAAACCUGCAAACCCGGAGCAGAGUCCUGCACCCAGUCCGGCGCCUAGUCCAGCUCCCAGCCCACUACUGGACAGAAUUGCUUUACCUGCGCCAAACCACGUGGAGCACCUAAAUGUGAACCAGAUCCAGGUGGUGGUGCGUCGCUGCUCUAGUCCAAACGUAACAGAGGAGACCACCUAUUUUAUUCCUCGUAACCCCGUAGUGGACGCCGGUACCAACACAGAUCCACCAGUGGUCUGUUGUCCUUUGCUGCGCAGAUUUUGCCCCUGUCCGCCAAGAGGCUUUCUCGCCUCCCUCAUUACCAAAGUUCUUUUGGCAGUUGUGCUCUUUGGAGUGGUUUGGUCAAUCACAGAGGAUGAAUGUCUCCCUGGAGGAAACCUCUUUGGCAUCACAAUACUCUUCAUUUGUGCAGUUGUUGGUGGAAAAUUGGUGUCUCUCAUUCAUCUGCCCAAACUUCCACCGUUCCCACCACUCCUUGGUAUGCUGCUCAUGGGCUUCCUGCUGAGGAACAUUCCAGUUGUGACAGAUGGGGUGUACAUUGACUUCAGAUGGUCUGCAUCACUCAGGAACAUUGCUCUGGCUGUCAUUCUGGCCAGAGCUGGUCUAGGGUUGGAUCCCACGGCUCUAAGGAAACUAAAAGUUGUGUGUAUACGUGUGGCAGCUGGGCCAUGCUUGAUAGAGGCUUGCACCACAGCUGUAAUUUCUCACUUCCUCAUGGGCUUGCCCUGGGUGUGGGGCUUCAUCCUUGGCUUUGUGCUAGGAGCUGUGUCUCCAGCAGUGGUGGUUCCCUCCAUGCUGCUGCUGCAGAAGGACGGUUACGGUGUAGAGAAGGGCAUCCCCACCCUGCUGAUGGCUGCAGGCAGCUUUGAUGACAUUCUUGCAAUCACAGGGUUCACAACAUGCUUGGGCAUGGCCUUCAGCACAGGUUCAACUUGGUACAGCCUCCUCAGAGGGGUACUGGAGGUGGCAGGAGGGAUGGUCGCUGGGAUUCUUCUUGGUUUUCUCAUCCAGUACUUCCCUAGUGUUGACCAGAAACACUUAGUGAUGAAGCGUUCCUUCUUGGUGCUGGGUCUGUCUGUCUUUGCCGUGUUUGGCAGCGGUGUGGCAGGUUUUCCUGGCUCUGGAGGCCUGUGCACCUUGGUGCUGGCAUUCCUGGCUGGCCUCGGCUGGGGGACAGAAAAGGCACGUGUGGAGGAAGUGGUAGGAUGGGCGUGGGAUGUGUUUCAGCCUCUUCUCUUUGGACUAAUAGGAGCUGAGAUUCGAGUCUCUGAGUUGGAGGGACACACAGUUGGUCUGGGUAUAGCCACUCUCCUCAUUGGUCUGCUGGUUAGAGUGGGGUUCACCUUUGUCUGUGUGUUGUUUGCGGGCUUUAACAUGAAGGAAAAAGUGUUCAUAGCCCUAGCAUGGAUGCCUAAAGCAACAGUGCAGGCAGCUAUAGGAUCCACAGCUUUGGACAUGGCGAGGACAAAGGAUAACACGGAGAUGCAGGAAUACGGCAUGAACGUGCUGACUGUGGCUGUGCUCGCCAUCCUUCUCACAGCUCCUGUAGGUGCACUUACCAUAGGGCUCUGUGGACCUCGCCUGCUGCAGAAACCUGAGAACCCAAUCAGCGGUGAGCGAGUCAAACCCAAUUUAUCAGCUUUCUUCUUAGGCACCGCAGCAGGAGAUCAACAUGACAAUGAAACUCCCAUCACCUAUGAAAGUACACUCUGAUGUCAAGUGAGAGAGGAGAAUUAAAAGAAACUCCUCACGCUUCAGAUAUUUGAACUUUUCUUUGGCCACCGAGUGGCCCUCGCUGUGUCUCUGUUGUUCAGCUAUGUGUUCGCAAUCCUGCAGGAACACGUGAAUCAUUUUGUAUUUAUAGCAUCUGGUGGUUUCCACGUCUAACACUGCAAACAAAUGACCUACUUUGCACUUUCUGGAUAUAAUCAUAUUGUUUUCAAGGUAUAGAAAUGGUUUAUACUUUUAUAAGGAUCUUGUCAUAUUCACUAAAUCCAGAAAAUUUCAUGGAUUGCCAGUUAGAAAGCACUUUACUUUGACUCGAAAGGUCAAAGUAAAGUGCUUUCUUUGUGGGGGACAGAAAGUUUUGGGAGGUUGUUGAUAAGCAAUUUUUAUUGCUAUGAAUAGACUACACUGUAAGUUUUAGCCGUCCUACAUUCACUACACUUCAUGCUGUGUUUGUUUACUUUGUUUUGUGUAUGCAUAUUAGCCCUCGGUCAGUAUGAUGAGAUCAGUUGCAUAGUACUCAGGGAAGGAUUUGUGUAAUCGAUAAUAUUUUAGUUUAAGCACGAAGCUGCUAAAUGUCUGUCAGUGUGAUCAUGUCCAUAUUUGCAAAAACUGUGUGAAUCCAACAUUUUGUAAUUUAAGAACAAAUAGAUUUUUCAGUAUUGUUACUAGUUUUUUCUUUAUUGCAGAAUGUAUCUGGGGUAACAUGAAAUGUCCAUGAAGAUUUUGUAAUAGCAGCUGUUUAUGAUGGAUUUUUUUCCAAAAACUCUUUAAACAAUAAAUGACAAAACACACCAAGAAUUGCCCAUCUUUAACAUUGCUGCAGUAAAAGCUUAAAUGAUUCAAAAGUGUUGUGUGAGCCGUUUUCUUUCUGGUCACACUAGCAGUGUGGGUCUGUGGGUAAAGGCCAUCAGUGUGGGCCUGGAAGAAAUGCCUCUAUUAGAUUGAUAUAAAAUUAAGAGACAUUCAUAAUAUGACACAUCUCAUUAAUUUAAGAAACAUUAAAGAUUACAUGAAAUGUUUUCCCAGGUUUAAACUGUGAAAGAUGCCAAAAUUCUCUUUAUUUCUACAUUUAGUAUGAAUAAUUUCACACUGCCAUCUUGCAACAGUUACACUGAACAGUUAUACUGCAUAUUUAAAAAAAAAACAAAAAAAAAAAACAAGGGAUUUAUUAUUGAGAUUCAUUAAUGAUGGAAACUUUCCAAGACAACUUCAUACAGAUAUGACAAAAGAAUAAGGAAACAGACAUUUUCAAACCCUGAAAGUUUAGUGAAAUGCCUUUACACUUGAAAUUACUUUGAUAUGGUUUGAAAUGUCUUAAGGCAACAGAACUGAACACAAAACGUAAAACUCAACAUUUAAAGGCUAUGAGUAAACCAGAUUUAAAGAAUAAGUAGCUUCCCAUACACACAAUAACUUAAAAUAUGUCACAUCCAUUAAGUAUGGAAAUGUAUGUUAGUAUUUGGCACA